UCUAUUGAAAGACCUCUGAAUUGACUUGUUAUCUGCUAACCCCUCAAAAUCCAUUUGGUCAUCUUCUCUAAAUCAUCUCAUAUCCACAUUGAAGCUUCAUCGAUUCUUGAGCUAAGAUUUGAAAAUGGCUGGAACCACUUCUUCAAUCAUGUCCAAUCUAUUGUCUUCCUUGAAUUUGUUAUCUAAGUUUAUGCCUACAUUUAUUUUAUUUGAUGCAUCUUUCUCAUCAUCCAUAACACAAGAAGAUGUAACUGCUGCCGAAGUUAAUUCAAUCCAAGAAAGAUUAAUGGAGGAUUUGAGACGAUUGUCGAUGAUGCUGCAAAGAAUUCAGGCAGUCCUUCAUGACGCCGAGGAGAGGGAGAUCCAUGACAAGGCCAUCCAACUGUGGCUCAGCGAGCUUAGAGAUGUUGCUUAUGAUGCUGAAGAUGUCUUGGAUCAGUAUGAUUGUCAAGUUAUCAAAACCCAAUUGAAAGGAAUGACAGAAGUAGCUGAAGCAGGGCUUUCUCUGAAGAGGAAACGAGUGGAUGAUAAUGAAUAUGAUGAUGAUAUUUAUGGUUACCAGUAUUUGAACAACUUCUUUGGUCUGGCUGCGGAUAUCGGUGUGCAUCGUGUGGAUUGGGAUUCCGACGGCUGCUCUUCUGACAAGGAUUACGACGACAUCGUUGGCUACACGAGUCGGAACUCGCGUUGGCGCCGGAUUUUGGGAAAGGAUUCGACGUUGAAGCUGGCACGACUAUUCGGCAUGCCAGCUCUGUGGAUAUAGUAGACGGAAAUCAAAUCCUUGGCUGCCCCUUUUGAAUUUGCUCUCGUGGGAAAAUUUCCUGGUCGAAGGCCUUCUCUUGAUGCCAUUAGGAAUUUUUUCUUUAAACUUAAUGGUGAAGUUUCUAUCACCGUUCUUAACCAGCAGAAUGUAUUGAUUAAGCUCUUCAAUGAUUUGGAUUAUUGUAGGGUCUUUGCUCAUAGAUCUUAUUUUGUGAAUAACUAUUUUAUGAAAUUGAUUAAAUGGUCUCCUACCUUGGAUGUUGAGAUCGAAUCUCCUGUU